CAUAGGCUACGAUCAAAGUCUCGCUACAAAUGCUUUGAAGCAUUUGAUGGACUAAUUAGAAGAAAGAAUUUUACAAACUGACCAAUUGAAAAACGCUUCAAAACGUUUGCAGCAUCGCGUUGACCGUAUCCAUACUGUGAUAGGUUCCGACGUGUCGGACGUGUUGUUGCAUCAUUUUUGAAAAGUGUGACCGGCUUCAAAUGCGCAAUUGGGUUUAUGUUACUCUUUUUCGUAUUCUUCAUAUUGUUUUUUGUUACUCAUAAGCGGCAUUUUCAAUUCUGGCCGUAUCGACUCUGUAUUAGAGUCGGGGCCAUUCUCACGCAAAGAAAAAGAAGUAUAUAUUGUGACAAGUCUGUGUUGCGGCCAUUAACCUGUUGUAACAACUCGUGUAUCUCACAUGUAUCUUGCGUGUUUGGUAUACUGUAUUAUAAAUAUAAUCAAAUAUAAUCAAAGAAUAAAUAUUUAAAGUGAAAAAUGGAAGAACAGAGAAAACGAGUUGAAGAUCAUAUGACGAAAAUGGUCGAAGAAAUCGACAAGAUGUAUUUACGGAAAAUGCAGAGGGAUAUGCAUAAGUGUGCUGCACAAUGUUGUGAAAAUGAAUCAUAUAGCAUACAAAAAGUACAUACCUGUGUGGAGAAUUGUAGUUCCUCUUUGAAUAAAGCACAACAAUACGUUCAAGGAGAGUUUGAACGAAUACAGAAUCGCUUACAAAGGUGCAUAAUGGAAUGCAAUGAUAAUAUAAAAGACAAAAUGGGUCCAAACCCGACUCAGAUUGAAGUGGAUAGAUAUAGCGAAGAAUUUGAAAAAUGUGCCACCAAGUGUGUAGACUCUUAUUGCGAGUUACUACCGAGUUUGGAAAAAACUAUGAAGAAAGUCCUUAGUAAAAAUGAAUUCUCGUAA